GAGGAAGAGAAUGGCAGGACCACGCUCCAGCCUGUGGGCCAGGCUGCUGCUGGUAACCCUGCUGAGUGCCAGCCUUCCUGGGAUCACAGCCAAUCGCUGCAAGAAGGCCCAAGUGAAGAGCUGCACAGAGUGCAUCCGCGUGGAUAAGGACUGUGCUUACUGCAUAGAUGAGCUGUUCACAGAGCGGCGCUGCAACACACCAGAGGAGCUGCUGGCUGCUGGCUGCCGGCGGGAGAGUGUGGUGAUCAUGGAGAGCAGCUUUGAAAUCACAGAGGAGAGCCAGAUCGACCAGAAGCUGCACCGCAGUCAGGUGUCCCCCCAGGGCAUGUAUGUCCGGCUGCGGCCAGGCGAGGAGAGGCUCUUCGACCUCCAGGUGUUCGAGCCCCUGGAGAGUCCGGUGGACCUAUACAUCCUCAUGGACUUCUCCAACUCCAUGUCCGAUGACUUGGACAACCUCAAGCAGAUGGGCUCGAACCUGGCCCAGGUCCUGAGCAAGCUCACCAGCGACUACACCAUUGGGUUCGGCAAGUUUGUGGACAAGGUCAGCGUCCCCCAGACGGACAUGAGGCCCGAGAAGCUGAAGGAACCUUGGCCCAACAGCGACCCACCAUUCUCCUUCAAGAACGUCAUCAGCCUGACCAAGGAUGCCAAUGAGUUCCGGGACAAACUGCAGGGAGAGCGGAUCUCAGGCAACCUGGACGCCCCGGAGGGUGGCUUCGACGCCAUCCUGCAGACGGCUGUGUGCACGAGAGCCAUCGGCUGGCGCCCAGACAGCACCCACCUGCUGGUGUUUUCCACUGAAUCAGCCUUUCACUACGAGGCCGAUGGUGCCAACGUGCUGGCCGGCAUCAUGAGCCGCAAUGAUGAGAGGUGCCACCUGGAUGCCACAGGCACCUACACCCAGUACAACAUGCAGGACUACCCGUCGGUACCCACUCUGGUGCGCCUGCUCGCCAAGCACAACAUCAUCCCCAUCUUUGCUGUCACCAACUACUCCUACAGCUACUACGAGAAACUUCACACGUACUUCCCCGUGUCCUCCUUGGGGGUGCUGCAGGAGGACUCUUCCAACAUCGUGGAGCUGUUGGAGGAGGCCUUCAACCGCAUCCGCUCCAACCUGGACAUCCGAGCCCUGGACAGUCCCCGAGGCCUGCGAACGGAGGUCACCUCCAGAAUGUACCAGAAGACUGCCACGGGGUCCUUCCACAUUCGUCGGGGUGAAGUGGGCACCUACCAGGUGCAGUUGCGGGCACUGGAGGCCGUGGAUGGGAAGCCUGUGUGCCAGCUGCCGGAAGAGGACCAGAAGGGCAACAUACACCUGAAGCCUUCCUUCUCCGAUGGCCUCCACCUGGACGUGGGCAUCAUGUGUGACAAAUGUGCCUGUGAGCUGGAGAAGGAGGUGCAGUCGGCACGCUGUGACUUCCACGGGGACUUUAUGUGUGGCCACUGUGUGUGCAACGAGGGCUGGAGCGGCAGCACCUGCAACUGCUCCACGGGCGCGCUGAGUGACGUGACGCCUUGCAUGCGAGAUGGCGACGACAAGCCGUGCUCGGGCCGGGGCGAGUGCCAGUGCGGCCGCUGCGUGUGCUACGGCGAGAGCCGCUACGAGGGCCAAUUCUGCGAGUACGACAAUGUGCAGUGCCCACGCACCUCCGGUGUGCUGUGCAAUGAUCGGGGACGUUGUACCAUGGGCCAGUGUGUGUGCGAGCCCGGUUGGACAGGCCCAAGCUGUGACUGUCCCCUCAGCAAUGCCACAUGCAUCGACAGCAAUGGGGGUAUCUGCAAUGGGCGUGGCUACUGCGAGUGUGGCCGCUGCCACUGCCACCAGCACUCGUUGUACACGGAUGCCAUCUGUGAGAUCAACUACUCAGUGAUACCUCUGGGCCUCUGCGAGGACCUGCGCUCCUGUGUGCAGUGCCAGGCCUGGGGCACCGGAGCCAAGAAGGGACGCACCUGUGAGGAGUGCAGCUUCAAGGUCAAGAUGGUGGACGAACUUAAGAAAGCGGAGGAAGUGAUCGUCUACUGCUCCUUCCGGGACGAGGACGAUGACUGCACCUACAGCUACACCGUGGAGGGCGACGGCAGCCCCGGGCCCAACAGCACAGUGUUGGUACAGCGGAAGAAGGACUGCCCGCCUGGCAACUUCUGGUGGCUCCUUCUGAUCCUGCUGCCGCUCCUGGCGCUGCUGCUACUGCUGUGCUGCAAGUACUGUGCCUGCUGCAAGGCCUGCCUGGCUCUUCUCCCUUGUUGCAGCCAAGGUCACAUGGUGGGCUUUAAAGAAGACCACUACAUGCUGCGGGAGAACCUCAUGGCCUCCGACCACCUGGACACACCCAUGUUGCGCAGCGGGAACCUCAAGGGGCGUGACACGGUCCGUUGGAAGAUCACCAACAACGUGCAGCGUCCAGGCCAUGCCACCCACACGGCCAGCACCAACCCCGGCGAGCUGGUGCCCUACGGGUUGUCCCUGCGCCUUGCCCGCCUCUGCACCGAGAACCUGCUAAAACCGGACACACGGGAGUGCAGCCAGCUGCGCCAGGAGGUGGAAGAGAAUCUGAAUGAGGUAUACCGGCAGAUCACAGGUGCACACAAGCUCCAGCAGACCAAAUUCCGGCAGCAGCCCAACGCUGGGAAAAAGCAAGACCACACCAUUGUGGACACAGUGCUGAUGGCGCCACGCGCAGCCAAGCCGGCACUGCUCAAGCUGACAGAAAAGCACGUGGAGCAGGGGGCCUUCCACGAACUCAAGGUGGCCCGCGGCUACUACACCCUCACCGCAGAGCAGGAUGCCCGGGGCAUGGUGGAGUUCCAGGAGGGCGUGGAGCUGGUGGACGUGCGUGUGCCGCUCUUCAUGCGGCCCGAGGAUGACGAUGAGAAGCAGCUCUUGGUGGAGGCCAUUGACGUCCCUGUGGGCACAGCCACCCUGGGCCGCCGCCUGGUCAACAUCACCAUCAUUAGGGAGCAAGCUAGUGGGGUGGUGUCCUUCGAGCAGCCCGAGUACUCGGUGGGCCGCGGGGAGCAGGUGGUCCGCAUUCCUGUCAUCCGGCGCAUCGUGGACAAUGGCAAGUCCCAGGUCUCAUACCGCACGCAGGACAACACGGCCAAGGGCAACCGGGACUAUGUCCCCGUGGAGGGUGAGCUGCUCUUCCACCCUGGGGAGACCUGGAAGGAGCUGAAGGUGACACUUCUGGAACCUCAGGAAGUGGACUCCCUUCUGCGGGGCCGUCAGAACCGCCGCUUCAACAUCCAACUCAGCAACCCCAAGUUCGGGGCCCGCCUGGGCCAGCCCCAGUCGGCCACCAUCAUCAUCGGGGACCAAGACGAAGUGGACCAGGACUUUGUGAGUCAGACCCAGUCAUCAUUCCCGCUCCCUCAUGUUGACCUGGGAGCCCCUCAGAAUCCCAAUGCCAAGGCCGCUGGGUCUCGGAAGAUACAUUUCAAUUGGCUGCCCCCUCCUGGCAAGCCUGCAGGCUACAGGAUAAAGUACUGGAUCCAGGGUGACUCCGAGGCUGAAGCUCACCUGCUCGACAGCAAGGUGCCCUCGGUGGAACUCACCAACCUGUACCCGUAUUGCGACUAUGAGAUGAAGGUGUGUGCCUACGGGGCACAGGGCGAGGGCCCCUACAGCACCCUGGUAUCCUGCCGCACCCACCAAGAAGUACCCAGUGAGCCAGGGCGCCUUGCCUUCAAUGUCGUCUCCUCCACGGUGACCCAGCUGAGCUGGGCUGAACCCGCGGAGACCAACGGCGAGAUCACUGCCUACGAGGUCUGCUACGGCUUGGUCAACGAGGACAAUCGACCCAUCGGGCCCAUGAAGAAGGUGCUGGUGGACAGCCCCAAGAGCCGCAUGCUGCUCAUUGAGAACUUGCGCGAGUCCCAGCCCUAUCGGUACACCGUCAAGGCGCGCAACGGGGCUGGCUGGGGCCCCGAGCGGGAAGCCAUCAUCAACCUGGCCACCCAGCCCAAGCGGCCCAUGUCCAUCCCCAUCAUCCCAGACAUCCCCAUCGUGGAUGCCCAGGGCGGCGAAGACUACGAGAGCUUCCUCAUGUACAGCGAUGACGUCCUCCGCUCCCCGGCUGGGAGCCAGAGGCCCAGCGUGUCCGACGACACUGGCGGCGGCGGCUGGAACUUCGAGCCCGUGCUGGGGGCGGAGCUGGACCUGCGGCGCGUCACGUGGCGGCUGCCCCCGGAGCUCAUCCCGCGCCUGUCGGCGAGCAGCGGGCGCUCCUCCGACGCCGCCACCGAGGGGGGCGCGGACGGGCAGGGGGACCCCCGGCCCCGCUGCGCGACGCCCCGGCCCCCCGGAGAACACCUGGUGAACGGCCGGAUGGACUUCGCCUUUCCCGGCAGCGCCAACUCCCUGCACAGGAUGACCACAGCCACCAGCAGCUAUGGCACCCACCUGAGCCCUCACCUGCCCCGGGGCGUGCACAGCACCUCCUCUACUCUCACGCGGGACUACCACUCGCUGACCCGCACGGAGCACUCCCAUAUGGCCACACUGCCCCGGGAUUACUCCACCCUCAGCUCACUCUCCUCCCAGGGCCUCCCUCCCAUCUGGGAACAUGGGAGGAGCAGGCUCCCGCUGUCCUGGUCCCUGGGGGCCCAGAGCUGUGCUCAGCUGAAGGGGCGCCUCCCCUCCAGGGGUUCCCGAGACUCUAUUAUCCUGGCUGGGCAGCCAACAGCACCCUCCAGGGGUCCAGACUCGCGCCUGAUGGCAGGUGUGCCCGACACGCCCACCCGCCUGGUAUUCUCGGCCCUGGGGCCCACGUCGCUGAAAGUGAGCUGGCAGGAGCCACAGUGUGACCGUGCACUGCUGGGCUACAGUGUGGAGUACCAGCUGCUGACUGGUGGGGAACUGCAUCGGCUCACCAUCCCCAGCCCCGCGCAGACAUCAGUGGUGGUGGAAGACCUCCUGCCCAACCACUCCUAUGUGUUCCGUGUGCGGGCGCAGAGCCAGGAGGGCUGGGGCCGAGAGCGGGAGGGCAUCAUUACCAUCGAGUCACAGGUGCACCCACAGAACCCGCUCUGCCCCCUGCCAGGUUCCACCUUCACUCUGAGCACCCCCAGUGCCCCAGGCCCACUGGUGUUCACAGCCCUGAGCCCAGACUCCCUGCAGCUGAGCUGGGAGCGGCCACGGAGACCCAACGGAGACAUCCUCGGCUACCUGGUGACCUGCGAGAUUGUCCACGGAGGAGGUCCAGCCACCACAUUCCGGGUGGAUGGAGACAACCCCGAGAGCCGACUGACCGUGCCAGGCCUCAGCGAGAACGUGCCUUACAAGUUCAAGGUGCAGGCCAGGACGACCGAGGGCUUCGGGCCAGAACGAGAGGGCAUCAUCACCAUUGAGUCCCAAGAUGGAGGUCCCUUCCCACAGCUGGGCAGCCAUGCUGGCCUCUUCCAACACCCACUGCAGAGCGAGUACAGCACUGUCACCUCCACCCACACCAGCACCACAGAGCCAUUCCUCAUGGAUGGCCUGGCCCUGGGGUCUCAGCACCUGGAGGCCAGUGGCUCCCUCACCCGGCACGUGACUCAGGAGUUUGUAAGCAGGACACUGACCACCAGUGCCCAGGUAGACCAGCAGUUCUUCCACUCCUGAGCUCACCCCACAGUGGCCUGGACUCCCUGCACCCCCUCCGCCAUGCCUCUCCAACCACAAACCAGGGAGCGCAUGUCCUCUGGGAGUCA